GUUUGAUAUUGAAGAAUGGAAGAUUCUCUCGUCAACAGAACCUCAUGGAAAGAAAACCUCAAUCAGACCAACUUCAACUUCACUGAUGAAUUUAACAGAACCAAUUACCCUAUUGAUGAAAAGAAAAAAGUAUAUAUUCAAAUCUUGUACUUGGUAAAUUUUAUCACCAUUUGCGUCGGAUUUCCUUUGACUCUGGUUGCCAUGUUUGCUGUUUUAUCAAAGGUGAAAAAGGAUCAGGGUGCUCCAGUUUACAUCUUCAACCUUCUGAUUUCUGAUCUUAUACAGUUCUGCAGCAGAAUUCCUAUGAUAGUAUAUUAUGAACCCCCUGUUGUCUCUGAAUUUGCCCUUGCUUUUAGCAUCACAGCCAGUAUUGGAUUCAUGAUGUGUAUCUACCUGGAAAGGUAUCUGGUCAUUGCCAAGCCACUGUGGUACAGAUUUAGAAGAAACAUCAAGACAUCUGUGUUGGUCUGUGUCUCAGUCUGGAUAUUUUCUUUUCUUGAUAAUCUAAAAAUGUUUCUCGUUUUGGAAAUAGAGUGUAGAACAAAAAUCCAGGUUUCUGGCCUCCUCUACCCUCUUCUCUUGUUCAUCUUCUGCCUGGUUGGGACCAUUAAAGCUCUGACUAAAGUUCGCAGUGUCUCUGCUGAUGAAAAACGGCGAAUUGUUUUUAUUCUGGUUGUGGUUUUGCUAACAUAUAUUCUGCUUUUCAUCCCUCACAUGAUUUAUUUCCUGUUGGAAAAACCCCUUGAAAAUUUUGCCCUCUUUACCAUGGUUACAAUUGGUAUUUAUCUUAGUCCUGUUGCAGACUCAGCUAUGUGUGUUUUUCUGAGGAAAAGUGCAGUUGACAGACUUUUGACCUCAUUGUGUUGCUGUGUAACGUCUAACAAUCAGGAGAUCAGCAGCACUGAUAAUGACAACGUGUCACCUCAAACUACUACAUCAGUUUAGGUGCAACUGAUGCACAAAUAUUUUCACAUCUUACUUUCUGAAGGAAUUCUGAUGGAUUAUUUGCAAGACAGAAAACUUUCAGAUGAUAUAUUUUUAAUUUUUCAUGAUCAUUUGAAAACCAAAACCCAACGACAGGAGAAAUGAAAACCUGCUUGAUUCUCAGAUUCCUCAAUUUAACCAGGUACAACAUUUAGAAAGUGUCAAAGAGUUUCCCAGUAAAACUUUAUUUAUUCAUUGUGGAUUAAACCAGUUUAUUUUUUAUGCUAUGUAAUUGAUUCUGAAGUACAUACAGAGUUUCCAAUAGUAACAAAGCAGACAUUUAAUUUCUCAGGGAUUUAACUGAAAUGUUUAUUAAAUAUAACAGAAAUAUUCAAUUGGACUAGAGAUUUCUUUACAUAAAAACAACCAUAAAGCCUCCAAAUCUCCCAGGAGGUGGAUGGCUUCAAGUUGUAGGUUUUUAAUUCUGCAAACCGUUUCAUUUUGUGUUUUGUAAAUAUUAAUAUAGAUUAUUUUUCUCAUAAUCUAAAGUGUUAACAAGGUGAUCUAUUCAUGUCAACUGAAAAAUACCAUCUCUUGUGAUGAAGCAAAACUGCUGUUUAGAUUGUGAGAAAUCAGCAGAAACAGGAAAACUCUCAUGUUUGAUAUGAUAUAAAAAAGCAGACAUAUUUUAUUACAGCUUGUAUUUCAUUAUGACUUUAUCUAAUAACCAUUAUUAUUAUUUUUAGAUUGUUCACUCUCUGAACAUUGUAUAAUCAUGUACACAUAAAGAUUAUUUUAGUCUGUCACAUUUUUAUUUAGACUGAGGCACAAAAUAAUGAGCUGAAAAUUUUUGCUUUCUUGCUAUGAAAAUAUUUGUAAGUUAGGAAUGAAUGUUGAUGGUUUGGUAGGAGUUUCUGAUGAUAAGAAAUUUGCUUGACGACAUUGCAUAGGUUUGUUUUUAUCUCAAAUAUUCAUCUUUUUGUCUCUUGACCUGAAAGAACAACUUUAUAUUCAGAAUAAAAUUUCUUUAACAAUA